AUGGAAAGAGGGGCACGUAAGCACACCACCGAUGAGAUAGCAGUCCAAAAUUCCACGAGCCUGGCGGAGCUGAACAAGGAGAACCAGGCCUGGUACUUUGAGUACCAACUCACCAGAGUGCUGCAGUACGCGACCAUUUGGAAGUCGGUCGUAUUGCUCGAUGAAGCUGACGUCUUCCUCAAGCAGCGUCACCACGACGUCGCCGGCGCCUUAGAGCACAACGCCCUCGUCGCUGUGUUUCUUCGGCACCUUAAAUACUUCAGCGGUAUUAUUUUUCUCACCAUGAACCGCAUAGAGGUUUUCGACGAGGCUAUGAAGAGUCAUAUUCAUCUCGCCCUAGGUUAUAAACCACCUAAGGUUGAGAUGCGCCGCACGCUCUGGACAAAGUUCCUGGAGGUGGCUACAGGCCACGAGCUGAAACCUGACGUAGAAGAAGCUAUUGACGUUUUCAUUCAGACGGAGCUGAAUGGAAGAGAGAUAUCAAAUAUGAUUAACACGGCGCAGACACUCGCCCGUUUUAAGGGCUAA